AUGGCAAGUCAAUUAAAUGACCCCUCUGUAACCUUUAAAGCCUGGGGCUGGAGUGAGAAUUGCACUCUGCUGUUGGAUCUACUCAUCAAUCGAUCCAUCUCCGAGGAGGUGUUUCUCAGUGCAUGCAAACCCCAUGCGGAGAUAGGCGUUAAAAGCAUCCUCCUCAUAAUUGUCCUCAGCCUCCUACUCCUUGGAACAGCGGGAGGAAAUAUGCUAGUCAUCAUAGCCAUUCUAAUUGUGAAAAAACUGCGUUCUCCCACAAACCUCCUCAUUGUAAAUCUCGCGGUAACUGACUUCCUUGUCAGUAUUCUUGUUCUCCCUUUUGCAAUUGCUUAUCAAAUUCUCGGUCAUUGGCCAUUCAAUCAAGUGAUCUGCGAUCUCUACUCCAUCUCCGAUGUUUUACUUUGCACGCUGUCAAUUCUCAGUCUUUGUACAAUCUCAAUCGACCGAUACUUGGCCAUUACAAAGCCCCUCCAGUACGCAGCUAAACGAACACCUAAGCGAAUGCUAAUUAUGAUUCUCAUCUGCUGGCUCCUCUCUGCUGCAAUCAGUAUUCCGCCUGUAUACGGUUGGGAACAAAAAAACAGCCCCUUCUACUGCGGCUACAGUGAAGAGCUGACCUACCAGAUCUAUGCAACAAUGACAGCUUUCUACAUUCCUUUGACAGUAAUGCUGGUCCUUUAUGGGAAAAUAUUAGUUUUGGCCAAACAGAUGGCCUUGGUGGAUGCACAGGUAGGACGCAAGAGCAGUGUCGACAUACAGAACCGAGCGUCCUCCAUUCCAGAGUACGUGGAAUGGAACCGAAGUUCACUUUGUGUAGCUGGUGAGGGCUAUCGAACUUCAGCACUUUAUCCUGAAGUAAAAGAGGAGUACAAAGAAGGCAGAGAUGUAUCAAAGCCACGUCAAAGUGUAGUUAGCUUUAAACCCUCCCCAGUAGUGAUGCGAAAGGACAGACGACCGACAAAAGGAAGGAAAGUCAAUAGUUUACUUGUGUUUUCAAAGCGUUCGCAAUCAGAGGUUAUGAAUAAUGGCCGAUCCUCAGAGCUCAUUACUCCAAUCAUCAACCGUUUCACAAAGCAAAAAUUCUCCAUUCCCCCAACCCUCUUUCAGGUGUUCGUCUGGCUGGGCUAUGGAAACAGCUUUUUGAAUCCUCUCAUCUACGCCUUAUUCAAUCGAGAAUUUCGAUUGCCAUUUCUUUACAUCCUUCGAUUUCAAUGUGGUGAUAUAAAUACACGAAUUCGAACUGAAACGUUUUCACAUCAAUUUGGAUUGCCACAUAAAUCUGGAGCGGGUUAUUGCAAUUCCCUUUCCCGCGGAAACUCCAUUGUUUCAGGCAGUAAACGUCAACGACGACAAAAGCCACGUGGUCUGAGUCCCCUCACCAAUUCUCAAAUUUACACUUCACCAAGCACUACCAGUCAGGUAGUUGAAGCUCCAAAUGCAGAGUCUGAAAAACAUUUCCUUCGCUCAAUUUCAGACCUCAAUGUAGAGGUGCCUGAGGAGUCAAAACCUCAUCUAACUCAAACUUCCAGCAAUCUCUCUUCCCCACUUCAUCUCAAUCCAGAUCAAAUUGACAAAACAUUGGAGAAUGAAGACCUUUUGGAAAACAACCCUCCGCGUCCUUCACAGCUAAUGAGUCGACGAGAAAGUCUUGUCAGUACCCGUAGCAAUUAUGACAGUUACAUACCAAAUCUGAGUGCAGAAUUUCAAAGGAGUCCACUACCCACACCAUCCAGUGCACCAGCCUGUUUAACUCCAACCGUAAACGGUGUGAAAUUGUGGACUAAAGCACGCGAAUUUCGACCCAAUCAAGUGCCACCCGAGAGGUUCUACAGACAUUUGGAAAUCGCGUCAUGUACAGGUGUUAAAGGGAAUGCCUCCAAUGACGUAGUGGACCCGUAG